AUGAAUUCCCCAGACGAUGCAUCCUCCGAUUCUAACUCGUCGGGACACGAAAUCAUCUUGACCACCAUGUCCUUCGGACAAUUCCCCGAGUCCGUUCCUCAAGGCUGGUCUGGCGACAACACAGACUUGUCGUCCACGCCUGCUGUUCCAGGCUACCACUUAUCCAAGCGUCCUCGUCAUCAUAGUGUCUCAGGAGCCGAGACCGAUUCUCCAGCUGGAGAAACCCAGGGAGGUAGCUUCUUCUUCCGGAAUCCCACGCCUGCGGCUCUUCAGAGGUCAGAUCAGGCUUGUGACCCGUGUAGGGAACGAAAGACCAAGUGCUCUGGCGGUCACCCGACCUGCAAGCGUUGUCUGUCUCGCGGUCUUCUCUGCCAUUACUCUGCCCCGAAGAAUGUGUCUUCCAAAGCUGCCAAAACACGCUCCCGCGCGAAAACUACAACCUCCGCCCCAAAGCAGAGAAGGGAUGACUUUCAGGCUACCGCCUUUGGAACCCCCGUUUCAUACCCAUCCUCCGCCACCACAUUCGAGCUGUCCACCCAUCUCAUUCAACCUUCUCCCGCUUUCCAGCAUGAGCCGUCUACCAACUCGCAUCCCUCUCCUCAUCGAGAGACUUCCACUCACGAAACAUCACUGCCCCCGCCACGGGUUCCCCUUCCCGUUUUCACCACUCUGUCUAUUCCCACUUGGCCCUCGCUCGCAGAACAGCAAGUCAUACCAGAUACUGCACCUACAGACGACGCCAUGUCCUCCCUGAUGGAUGAGCUGUUUCCUCCAUCCAUUGACGAGACUAGUCACGCACGCUGGGAUGAGAACGACAGUUCUGACUAUUCAUCUGAAAGCUCUUCUCGCCCAACCUCAUUUGUGCUGCCCGGAGAAUUCGCUCAGCCUGUAUCCUCGGCCGCCUACACCCUGCUUGAGCUCGAGGCAGCACUCGCACAGUCCGAGUUGUCUCGGCACUCUCGCUCCUCUUCCGAGACAUCCUCGCUCUCUGAUCAGCACUUUCCCCAAUACGACCAGUCAAGUUUCUCUGCCCCGCCUUCGUACUCCCCUACCAGCUCCUCCGAUAGUCCCCCUUCCGACCUCAGCCUUCACGAUUUUGGCCUUGACUCCGACGUCGGGGAAUUCCUCCCUCACGCGCCAGGAGCUCCGGACUACGACUUGAGAGCCAGCUCGCAUUUUCUUCUGCAAGGUCAGGCCUCGUCUGGAGACCACGAGAUGUCGAUAUUUUGCCCUUGCCCUCCUGGCGAUACGGACCUGACGCCCAGGCCCGGAGAUGGGACGUCGGGGUUCAUGCCGUUCGGCGGUGCCGAGGAUAUCUUCAAGGUGGACGAUAGUGGUAUAUAUGAAGAGAACGGAUUCGAUGAGAUGCAGCUACAAUAUCCGAUGGUCGAUAUGGACGAGAUCGUAGGAGGCCCACGGGACGAGGCGGUUUCGACGAACGAUGGUCACGUCGGGCCCAACUGAUUCGCCUCAUGGAACUUGCUCAGUUGUGGAAUGCUCUUGCUUGGACUUCGACUUGACAAUCAACUCGUUGUUUUUUAAACUCCGUGCUGUACUAUGGAUGGACUGAUAUUCGGACGGACUACACCCUCAGAUGAUCGUUGCUGCUCUCGCGUUUCUCGGACUCUACCAUUCUCGUCGGCGGUUACGGUACUUGCUAUUUGCACCUGUGAUCACAUACUGCUGGAACAUCGUCUGGCUUGUGUUGGCUUGCAUCUAUCUCCUCGCAUCCCACCUCUGACUCUUGUGUGCGUCCUGGACAUCUCAGUGUUUGACUUCUCGAUCGCUAUACCCUGUUGUUUCGGACACUCCAAGUACACUCCAAUGAUUUUCUGAGUUCUCAAUGUAUUGUGCCCUGUCUCUGCAGCAUG